AUGGAAAUAUCCCCAAACGGAAAUUUGGCACAAAACAUCAGUUUGCUCACAAAUAUCUCUAAAUACAGAGAUUCAGACGAAGAAAUCGCCACCGAAGCAAACGGGAAGACUCCUCGUGCAGUUUUCUCCACUCCGACUCUUCAUAACGCCAAAAAUAUAAUGCCUGAAGAAGAUUCCCAAACAAUGGAUACCGAAACAGACCAAGAAGAGCAGCUGCAAGAUGCCUUUGACUUCCUUUCACGCCUACCUCCAAUGCCUUCAGCUCCGAGAAAUAAAGUGCUACCUAUUAAAACUAGGAGCACUUCAAGACUUACUUUGGUCCUUGAUUUAGACGAAACCUUGGUACAUAGUGAAGCAAAGCCGAUAUCCAACCCUGAUGCUGUUAUUAAUUUGAUAUUCAAUGGUGUCGCUUGCAAUGUUUAUACACUCUUUAGACCAGGAAUGUAUGAAUUUUUGCACAGUGUCAGCAAAAAGUUUGAAGUCGUUGUAUAGCUCAGACAUUAGUUGGAUGGGCUAAUUAAUCUAAUUUCCUAUGGCUAUAGGGAUUGACUGAACUCUCUUAAGCUAGCUUUACCAAAUCUUCAAUUCGCUGUAUAUUGCUGGUUGCCAAGCUUGCCAACAUAAUUCAGCCUUAUAAAUUCUCUAAUUAAAUGAAAAGAUAUUGAAAUCAGCAAAUCCAAAAUAAUGCAUAAACUAUAUUUACUGCUUCACAUAAAGCUUAUGCUAGUCAACUACUGAGAAAAAUUGACCCUGAUAGAAAGCUUAUAAAACAUAGACUGUAUAGAGAUUCGUGCUAUAAUUUGAAGGGAAACUACAUCAAGGAUUUAAGAGUUCUUGGAAGAGAUUUGAGUGAAGUUAUCAUAAUUGAUAACUCGAUUCAAGCUUUUGGGUAUCAAUUGGAUAAUGGAAUUCCAAUUGUAAGCUGAUUCGAUGAUCCAAAUGAUUGUGAGUUGUUCAAUGUGCAUGCUCUUCUAAUUCAUCUCCUUAUCAUAUCUGCUCUAUAGAAAAUAAAAAUAAAUUAUUUAUCAAAUAAUAAAUAUUUUUAAUAAAAAAUUGUUGGGAAAGGUUAGUGUGUGCCAGAUGUCAGACCUAUUCUUACUCCCCCCCUCCGUGUGUGAACAAAACCAUUGGAAAAAUCUCAAUUUUUUACCCAAAAAACACACCCUCCGUGAGUGAACAAAAAAUUUUUUUAAUAGAAAAAAUUUUUUAUGAAAAAAAAAUUGAUAUAUAAGUGAUAAUUAGUAUAAUGAAAUAUCGAGCUAACUCUGUUUAAUUUUAAACAAAUGUGUUUUUAAAACACAAAUUUUAUAAAUUAAAUUAAUAUUUGCUUCCCAAUUUUUGCGAAUUAGGAUUUUUUUAAAAUUUCGAAAAAAAAAAAUUCUAUGAAAUUUAUAUACAAUUUUUUUUAAAAAACAAUUAAUCCCACUCCGUGAGUGAACAAAAUUUUUUUGUUCACUCACGGAGGGGGGGAGUUAGGCAAACUUUUAAACUUUCAAGGUUUAGCGCUCAAUAA